CUCUCUGUUUUCUGAAUCCGAAGAAGAAGAUGAUGAUGAAUGGAGCUACAGAAGCUGAGCUUUUGCUCAAUUGUACUGACAUGUCGGUCUUAGAGCGCCAAAAGGCUCAUCUCAAAUACCAUCAUCCCGGCUUCGAUCCCACUCUCGCCGGCUUCCUCUCCGGUCCUUCAACGAUUAACGGCGGCGAGAUUGACGGCUUCCUUGGGACGGCCGGUUUGGAUCUUCCGGUGAUUUACGGUGAGACGACGGUGGAGGGUUCUUGUCAGUUUGGGUCUGGAAAUUUCAAGAAAAGGAAGUUUGAUUGCGUCGUUAAAACAACUUCUGAGGAAUGUAAUGAGGUGAAGAAGAUGAUGAUGAUGAUGAAUAGAGAAGAUGAAGAAGAAGAGAAGUCGAAAAUUACAGAGCAAAACAACGAGAGCAGCAAAAGCAUCACGAAGAUGAAGAAUAAAGCCAAGAAAGAACAAAACAAUUGCUCUAACGAUUCAUCAAAAGUGACAAAGGAAUCGCAGAAAACGGAUUAUAUUCAUGUUCGUGCCCGACGAGGCCAAGCCACUGAUAGUCACAGCAUAGCAGAACGAGCUAGAAGAGAAAAGAUCAGUGAGAGAAUGAAGUAUCUUCAAGAUUUAGUUCCUGGAUGCGACAAGAUCACUGGCAAAGCAGGGAUGCUUGAUGAGAUUAUUAACUAUGUUCAGUCUCUUCAGAGACAAGUCGAGUUCUUAUCGAUGAAACUAGCAGCUGUGAAUCCAAGGCUUGAUUUGGAUAUCGAUGACAUUAUUGCUAAAGAGGUUGUCUCAGCUCCGAUGACGAACUUACCAUUACCAACCACUGUGAUGCCCUCUUAUGAGAUGGUGAAUGCCGGUUAUCCUUAUGAGAUGGUUAACUCCGGUUAUCUUCAUUGCAAUCCAAUGCAGCAAGUGGCUACCAGUUCUGAUCAACUGUCAUGUUUCAACAAUGGUGAAGCUCCUUUGAUGUGGGAUUCUGAUGUGCAAAAUCUUUAUAGCAACUUAGGAGUUUGAUUAAGAACAUUCCACAACUUAACAGCGUUCCCUAAUUCUUGACCAUUUUCAGGUUCUCUGGAUACAGGCAACUUAAGUGAGAAGAUCAAAAAUUCAUAUCAUUUCAAUUGGAAGAGAGAGUGGGAGGAACUGACAGCCGUUAUUACUAAUUUCCACUAAAUUGAUUACUACCCAUUAUUUUAGUAUAUACAGAGUAUUGUGAAUAGAUGCAAAAACAGUAAUAUAUUUUUCUUAUGAGUGCAACUGUGCAAGUAGUCGUCUUUCAAU